UUGUGUAACCGUGGACCGGCCCCUUGAGCCCCGUGGUGCCCAGGGAUGCGGCAGUCAUCUAACUGGACCCAAGUCUGUCCCGAGAAGCUUUAGGCAUUCCUUCACCAAGCCCUGCACAAGGCUGGUGGUGAUAGGCCCAUGGGGCCCGGGCUGGGGGUUGUCAAAGUCAAGGGCUUUGCUUUGUCUUGGGGCUGCCCGGCAGGGUCCUCAGAAGACUCUGGGCCAGGUCCCAUCCUGGGGUGGGUGCGGACAUGACCCCAGAGGCAGCUUUGAGGAGCAUGAUUGGGGUCCGGUUCCCUGGGCCUGCAAGUCAGGGGCCUUGACUCGGCUCAGGUUACAGACCUGGGUUCAGAUCCUGCCUGCCCCCCUCGCGAGCCUGCCCUCUGGUAAGUUCCUAGAAGCUUCCCCCAAGUGUUGAGAGGUUGAGAAAGCAGGUGUGGGCGGCUACACAAGGACUCUGUGGGCAUGUGACUGUCCCCUCUCCAAGGUGCUGAACCGGCAGGCGCCUCGGUCCUGCUGACUGCGGGGACUAAGGGUCCGGUGGUGGGACAGGAGCCACCACAACAGGAUGCAGGCUGGGGGAGGGGGCCUCCAGCCCCCUCCUAACUCGGGGGAUUGGCCCCUGCUCCUUGCAAAAGCCGGCAUCACCUCCCCCGCCCCACACCUGCCCUCGGCAGGGACGUGGUCAGGGAAUGUGUUAACCUGGGAGACUGGGGCUGGCAGGUUGGGGGCCAGCGUGGGUGUGGGAACCCUGGCGGUGGUUCAAGGAUACUCCCAACCCCGCUCCUACCCUGGGCACCCACCUUGGAGGCCCCACUCGGCAGGAGCUAAGACUGCAGUCAUAAUAGGGGUGGGAACAGGGGUCCAGCUGUGCCACCAACUCCUCGAGUGGCCUCAGGCCAGUCACCCACCCCCUCUGGGCUUCCCGUGCUCCACCCUCACGAAGCCCCUGGUCUGUGAGCAUGUUUUGGGGUUCAUCCCUGGUCAGCAAGUCUGAUCCCAAGCUAACCUCCCCAUUCCAACCCCCCGGUCUUCCCCCUCCCGCGGAGGCCCGGCGGAGUCAGGACUCGGCUGGGCUGCAAGAAAGUACCAGGCAAGGGAGGACUGGUGAUGGCCAGCUAUGGAGCGCUGUCCUGUCACCAGCUUGACAAGGAAGGCAGGAAGGAAGAUACUGUUAAAUCCACACAAGAUGAGGUGACAUGCCCGAGGCCUUACCAGGCAGCUGGUCUCCCAGGAGCCACUCCGCUCCGUGGGCCUCUGCAGCUCAGCCGGAGCACCCUGGGGCUCCCAGCAGGGGCAGCUGCCUGGACCUCCACUCUCAGUGGCCCUCCUCCCCGUGGCUCAUCUUACUGACCAGGCUCCAGGAAGGUCCAUCGUGAGGAUGACCCAGGGAAUGAAGGUGGGCAGGGAAGGGGGGCGGUCCCAGCGCUGGGGGCACUGGACCUGGGUCACACUAACUCUGUGACUUGAGCUACGUACAACUCCUGACUCGGUCACCCUGUCUGUAAAAUGAGGGCAGUGGUCCUCAGCUGUUACAGGGCUUCAUUAAGGAGCACGUGUCAUGUCGUUCUCACUGAGCUGGUGGAAAUCAGGAUUUCUUCUCAGGGCAGAGGAAGAAGAGAGGGCCCAGGUUGCAGAAGUAGCUGCAAGAAUGCCUGACCUGGACUAGAAGGUGUCUGCAGUGUCAGUCCCUCCACUUCCCCAACUUUUAGUGGCAUCUGCGUGCAUGUGCCCACCUGGAAAGGGUGGGCGUUGAGGACUGAACCCCACAGCUGGGUGGAUGUGAUUUGAACACAGACUGAUCCACAAAAGCAGAAGCAGAAGCAAAAGCAGGCGUUCGGUGGGGGUGUGACCUGAGUCCUCCAAAGUUCCAGAAAUCUGGAAGAGGGCCGUGAACAGGCCCAGUCUGUGGCACGGAGAGUAAAAUCAGUCCUUUCUAGAGUUCUGAAAUUCAGCUAUUAAAAUCAGCCCUGCCCACAGGUAUAGAGAACAAACCGUUUCAGGAGGCAAAGGUAGGUGUGUGUGUGUGCCUCCCCCAUCUCCGCCUAGAAGCCGUCGCUGCCGAGGUCAUUGUCACAGAGACCCUGGGCGACCUCGGAAGUCACACACGGCGGGGGAACCACAGAGGUUCAGGGUGAGGGACAGAGCCAGGAUUUGUCCCCGGAGCUGGCUGUCAUCCAGGUUCAGCCCCCUGGCUCCUGGAGCAUCCUGUCCUGCCUGCCCGGAAGUCUGGGCAGGCAGGAGUCAUGGGGUCUGUUCCCAGAAUGCCAGGGGCAGGGCGGCUGGGGGCAGGGCCGGCUGUUGGACAAACAGAUCAAAGGCUGCUGGUCACCCUGGGUCUGCUGUGGGGCUCGGCAGCCACCACGUCCUCGGGCCCGCAGUGGCCCAAGCCCGUGUUCGGGCGCCUGGCAUCUCCUGGCUUCCCAGGCACGUAUGCCAACAACCAUGAGCAGCGCUGGGCCCUGACGGCGCCCCCCGGCUACCGCCUGCGCCUCUACUUCACUCACUUCCAGCUGGAGCCCUCCUACCUCUGCGAGUACGACUUCGUCAAGCUGAGCGCCGGGACCACGGUGCUGGCCACGCUGUGCGGGUCAGAGAGCACGGACACGGAGCGGGCGCCCGGCAACGCCACCUUCUACUCGCCGGGCUCCAGCCUCGACGUCACCUUCCGCUCCGACUACUCCAACGAGAAGCCGUUCGCGGGCUUCGAGGCCUUCUACUCAGCAGAGGACAUCGACGAGUGCCAGGUGCCCCCAGGAGAGGCCCCCACCUGCGAGCACCACUGCCACAAUCACCUGGGUGGCUUCUACUGCUCCUGCCGUAUGGGCUAUGUUCUCCACAGGAACAAGCACACUUGCUCAGCCCUGUGCUCAGGCCAGGUCUUCACCGCCCGGUCUGGGGUGCUCAGCAGCCCUGGAUACCCUCAGCCGUACCCCAAACUCUCCAGCUGCACCUACAGCAUCCGCCUGGAGGAAGGGUUCCGUGUCACCCUGGACUUCGUGGAGUCCUUUGACGUGGAGAUGCACCCUGAGACCCAGUGCCCCUACGACUCCCUGAAGAUUCAAACAGACAAGGAGGAAUAUGGCCCAUUUUGUGGGAAGACGUUGCCCCGCAGGAUUGAAACUAAGAGCAACACUGUGACCAUCACCUUUGCCACCGAUGAGUCGGGGGACCACACGGGCUGGAAGAUCCACUACAACAGCACAGCUCAGCCCUGCCCUGACCCGACGGCACCACCUAACGGCCACAUCUCCCCUGUGCAGGCCACAUACAUCAUGAAAGACCGCUUCUUUGUCUUCUGCGAGUCGGGCUACGAACUUCUGCAAGGUUAUUGGCCCCUGAAAUUUGUUGCAGUCUGUCAGACAGAUGGAUCUUGGGACCAACCGAUGCCGGAGUGCAGCAUUGUUGACUGUGGCCCUCCUGAUGACCUACCCAGUGGCCAAGUGGACUAUAUAACAGGUGCCGAGGUGACCAUAUACAAAGCUGUGGUUAAAUAUCGCUGUAAUGAGUUCUACACAAUGAGAACAGAUGAUGGUAAAUAUGUGUGUGAGGCUGAUGGAUUCUGGACGAGCUCCAAAAGAGAAAAAUCACCCCCCGUCUGUGAGCCUGUUUGUGGAAUAUCCACCCGUACCACAGAAGGUCGUAUAUAUGGAGGACAAAAUGCAAAGCUUGGCGAUUUUCCUUGGCAAGCCCUGUUAUUAGGUAAAACUGUAGCAGCAGGUGCACUUCUAUAUGACAACUGGAUCCUAACAGCUGCUCAUGCUGUAUAUGAGCAAAGAGGAGACGUCUCCUCCCUAGACAUUAGAAUGGGUGCCCUGAAGAGACUGUCACCUCAUUAUACACAAGCCUGGGCCGAGGCCAUUUUUAUACAUGAACGUUACACUCAUAAUGCUGGUUACGAUAAUGACAUAGCAUUGAUUAAAUUGAAGAACAAAGUUGUAUUAAAUAGAAACAUCAUGCCUAUUUGUUUGCCAAGAAAAGAAGCUGAAUGCUUCAUGAGAACCAAUGAUAUUGGAACUGCAUCUGGAUGGGGAUUAACCCAAAGGGGUUUUCUUGCCAGAAAUCUAAUGUUUGUUGACAUACCAGUUGUUGACCAUCAAAACUGUACUGCGGCAUAUGCAAAGAAGUCCUAUCCGGGGGGAAGGGUAACUGACAACAUGCUUUGUGCUGGUUUAGAAAGUGGGGGCAAGGACAGCUGUAAAGGCGACAGUGGGGGGGCAUUAGUGUUUCUACAUAAUGAGACACAGAAAUGGUUUGUGGGAGGAAUAGUGUCCUGGGGUUCCAUCAAUUGUGGGGAAGCAGAUCAGUAUGCGGUCUACACAAAAGUCAUUAACUAUAUUCCCUGGAUCAAGAACAUAAUUAAUAGUUUUUAACUUGUGUGUCUCCAGUGAGUACAUGAUUCUUUGUUCUAAAAAAUACCUGUAAAAGACCUCAGCAGCAAACUGACCUGAGAAACAUUAACACGACAGUUGCUGUUCCACCUCAAAACCAAACCAAACUACAGGUGAGAUGUGCCUUUCAGGCACUUCUCCACUUGCCACUUUUCCACCACUUACUCUCUGAUUGAAGGGGACAUAAACCAUUGUAGUGAUAUUCACCGUUGCCAAUCCAACAGAAACUCACUGGUUAAAUCUGGACUUACUUACAAAAGUCCAGUGUCUUUUUGCACUGGCCAUUUGCAUUUCUGGAAAUUGCCUGUUCAUGUUCUUUAACUGUUUUUCUCCAGUUUUUGUACUUGUUCUUAUUGUUCUCUGAGAGCGUUACAUAUUAUAGCAGUAUUGGUUCAGGAAUUACUUUGAAUCAUGUUUUUCUUGGGUAGAUAAAUUGGAAAUAUCAAUACUUUGGCCUAGGUAUAGACUGAUUUCCAUGUUAAAAGCGAUGCUAUGAUUUUUCACUUCUCAAA